GUGAGGCAGUCAGUCCCCAGACUGGAGCUCCUCACCCCAGACUGCGCUGAGCACUCAGACCGUGCCCCGGCACCUGCAGCUACCCCCCAGUCAGAGAACUUCGAUCACAGUAGAGACAAGACAGUGAUGACAUCUGUGGACCAGGUCCGAGAAGGGACAAACAUUCUCAAACCUAAAACAAAAAUGGCUGAUAAAGAAAAUGCCAAUAGACCUACAUGGAGCAAAAAUAAUAUAAUGAUGGAAAAAAAUUGUAUUCCUUUAAAACCUAAUGAAUUAACCAAUUCAACUAUAGAGAUUGAUACACAUACUUGUGAAGAUAAUAAUCAACUUCUGUCAUUUCUACUAAUUAAAGAUGAUCCCCAAAUUCAACAUAUGUCACUUAACCAGACAUUUCACCUUAAAAGAAAUAAUAAAGAGAAACUAAUGCCUACAGAAAAACCAAAGCAAGAUGUUAACAUUCCCAAGAAACCUGUGCUUGGGUUUUAUCGUGGGAAAGUUGUUGAGUCUAAGAUUAAUUCGUUCAGAAAACCUCUACAAGUCAAAGAUGAGAGUUCUGCAACAAACAAGAAACCUUCAGCUAUUAUCUCUAAUGCCACCAAGCCUCAGCCUAUGAGCACCAGCAAUGUAACAGUGAAAAGUGAUAGAGCCUCAAAUGUGACUACUACCACUAAAAUUGUGAGCUCUGUAUCUCAGAGCAGACGACUUGUGCAACCUCCUAUUAGAAGCCACCACGAUCAUACCCAAUACAAGGUGAAACAAGGCAUCAGUAGAACCUCUGCCAAUGUUACAAUUCAGAAAGGACCUCGUAGAAAAGAACUGAUUCAACUGAAAACAGAUUUAUCUUGUGUCAAAACCAGUUCUGCUCAGGACAUAAAAAGAAAUGAAGCACGAUCAAGAAGCAUAGCAUCUGAAAUCGUAGCAAGGCCUGCUUCAUCUUCUAAUAUCAAACUGAUAGAAAAGUCAGAAACCAUCGACCAGCGAAGACAUACUAUAGCAAAGACCAGUGUCAGUAAUAGAUCGGCUCAGCCCAAAGAAACCACGGAACAGAGAAAAGCUCGUCUGACUGAGUGGAAAGCUGGCAAAGGAAGAGUGCUGAAAAGACCUCCUAGCUCAGCAGUGACCCAGCCUGAGGCUGCAGGGCAAAAUGAAAAACCGGCCGGGUCCUUCUGGACUACCAUGGCAGAAGAAGAUGAACAAAGAUUAUUUACUGAAAAAGUAAACAAGACGUUUUCUGAAUGCCUGAACCUGAUUAAUGAGGGAUGCCCAAAAGAAGAAAUAUUGGUCACAUUGAAUGACCUGAUUAAAAAUAUUCCAGAUGCCAAAAAACUUGUUAAGUAUUGGGUGUGCCUUGCACGUCUUGAGCCAGUCACAAGUCCUAUUGAACAUAUUAUUACCAUCUACGAGAAGGCCAUCCUGGCAGGAGCUCAGCCUAUUGAAGAGAUGCGACAUGCAAUUGCAGAUAUUCUAACAAUGAAGAGUCAAGAAAAAGUUAAUUUUGGAGAAAAUAUCGAGGAGGGUGAUGCAACUAAGGAACAAGUCCAAGAAGUCAGCAUGGAAGAUGCAGGUGUGAAUCUAGAGCCAGGAAAACCAAAACUGGAAAAUAAACAUCAUAGAAGUGUGAUGUUUCAUGAUUGUGAGAAAGAGCAAGAGGACAAAACAAAAGAUCCAGGCAAUGACAUUAAAACUCCUGAUAAAGAAACCAGGGAGAGUUGCUUGAUUAAAUAUAAUGUAUCUUCUACGCCAUACUUGCAAAGUGCGAAAAAGAAGAUUCAGUUUGACAAUACAAAUUCGAUAUUUAAAGAGCUCAAGUUUCUAACACCAGUGAGACGUUCUCGACGUCUUCAAGACAAGACUUCUAAAUUGCCAGAUAUGUUAAAAGACCAUUAUCCUUGUGUGUCUUCAUUAGAACAGUUAACAGAGUUGGGACGUGAAACUGAUGCUUUUGUGUGCCGUCCUAAUGCUGCACUGUGCCUGAUGUACUCAGAGACUGAAACAACAGAGGAGAAAUAAAGCUGUGAUGAGGAAUGGGGUUUUUAUUAUUCCUGGAGUUUUUUUAUUUUCUUUUUUGUGGCUUUGCAUUUCUCUUAGGUCUAAGGUUGGCCAAGGACCUGAGUAUUCUCAGUACUCAUGGCAGUGAGCUCCUUUACUAAUUUUCACUUCAUAGCAGGAGUUGCCUUUGAUGCAUCAGAAUUCCAAUCCUACUUUGUCAAUCUCAACAGAAGCUGAGUUUUUCUUGAAGAUAAGUGUAAAGUUUAUCAGCUAGUUCACUAUGUUUCUUUGAGUAUCAAGAAGUAUCAUCAUAAUGUUAGCUUGUUCACUUUUUAAGGCAUCUAAAAUUACAGAAACAUUGUAAGUCAACUCCAAUAAUGCUGCAUCAUUAGAAAAUAAAGUGUUAUAAAUAAAAUUUAUACUUUGCAUGGACAUGUUUUUAAAGUUUAUGACAUGCCUCCCUGCCCGUAAAUAGAAAACUGACUUUUUUUUCUUUUCUUGAUGAUUCUGGAUCAGUAUGAAAGUCAAUAAUUGUAAUGUAUUAUGUAAAAUAUUAAGACAUGUAGGAGUUAGCUUGCUUUUUCACCAAAUUCUUGUUACCCAGACUGCUGUGCUCUUUGUGGCCUUUGGACUGCUUAUGGUUCUUCAGAUCACUUUUCAUCGGUGCUAGUGAGUUAGCAUCUGUAGCCUCUUUCUUUCUGAUCGCAGCUAAGGUCACCAAGAAGGGUAGUUGACUCAAUACUCCAUUUCUAAGACAUGGUAUUUUGUGGUAAGAAAGACAAGGUACCAAACCUAGUGGAUAUCAGAACUUUAAAUCUAGUCUGAGUUUCUUUCUUUAGUUCCCUUUUUAACUUGACUAUCUAAAAUGUUAAAAUCUUAACUUUCAUGGUUUAAUUUGUAUAGUUUAUAGACUUGUAGAAUCGAGUUAGGGAAGGAACAUAUCCUAUUUAGUAAAGGUCAUUCUAAUUUAGGUAACAUUUCUAAAAUAACUAAUACUUCUUUAUUAUGUUCUUCCACGUGAUAUAAAGACCUAUAACUUCACUGUUAAAUCAUGUCCCCAUAAAUAGGACAAUUAGAUACAGUAAACAGUUCUCUUCUUCCAACACAUAAAUACCACCAAUAAAAUUGUUCUAUAUAGCCCUAAAGUAAUACUUACAUCACAUCCAUUGUCUACUAACUCAAUUCUACAGUUUGAGAAAAGUGAUUUUUUAUUAUGAAAUGUUAGUUUUAGAACUGUACAUAGUAUGAAUGUGGUCGAGGAUCACAUACUU